CAUACAAACCAGUGGAGUUCUCCAUGCAUUACUUGCAGUUUAGAAUAAACUUCAUCGACUCUAUAGGCCACCUUGCCUCUACUCUAGCGCCGUUUACGAAGGCUUGCGGCGGCUGCCGACUGCAUUGCUAGUUAGUCCAUAUCUAAGACGUAGUUAAAGCAUUAUAGAAAACCAAAUAUAUUAGUGCGUCUACUGAUAACAAGUGACCUGUUAUUUAACUAGUUGAGUUCGUGGAAUUCGGAGGGAACUUGUCCCGUAACUAGCUGCAUGAUAACGCGCGAUCGUCGUUGCCGGUAGCACAUGCACGACGGCUUGAUUCGACAGCCACAAAGGCCUUGGCGAAACUAGUGCGUGCGGUCAGCCCGCUAAAGUACCGAUGACAGUGAAGGAGACUGAUAUCGUCGAAGAUGCUCUCUUGCAGGAAGGCCUGAAAAAAUAUCGUAAAUUAUUACGUAGAAUCAACGACGAAAUAUGGGAACAUCCCGAAAUCCGCUUUGUCGAACACCGUGCACACGACCUUCUGACCAAGGUAUUAGAAGAGCAUCAGUUCAAGGUGACACGCAACUACAUCCUAGAAACGGGCUUUCGUGCUGAGUUUAGUCCCGAAAGCGGGAAAUAUGCGUCUCUGGGCCCGAACGUGUGCUUCAUUUGUGAGUACGACGCCUUACCAAUAGUGGGUCACGCGUGUGGGCACAACCUCAUUGCUGAAAGUGGCAUUGCAAUGGCCCUUCUCACUCAGCAUGUAAUGACGGAGUGCCCAUCUCGAUACCCGGGGAAAAUCACUGUCAUCGGCUCGCCUGGCGAAGAGGGUGGCGGUGGAAAGAUUAUUAUGAUUGAAGCGUUUAAUGACGUCGACGUGGCAAUGAUGCUUCAUCCAUCGAACAAAGGAAUCCUGCACACUGAAAGUAUCUGCUCGUCAAGGAUAUUUGCGGCAUACUCCGGUAAGCGGCCUGAAGAAACAGCGCAUUACUUUCCUUCGCUUGAUCGAAUGUUGCCUGGGUCCGAGAGUGAUGCUGCUGUUGCCGCAUACAACGCGAUACAGGUCCUCAGAGCUGAGAUGCCACAUCAAUGGCGAAUCGGAGCUGUGAUAAAAAAGAUCGAUCACUCGCUGGGGUUGGAGAUUACAUACCGGACGUUGCACGGGGCUGACAUGUCUGUACUUUGCGCACGCAUUGUUAAAUGUCUUGAGGCUGGAGGAGCUGCCGCUGGAUGUCAGCUUGACUGGCGCUUUACUGAUCCAUACCUCAAUAUGUGGCCCAACAUCUGCCUCGGAUCCACAGUUUACAGUUAUCUCAAGCGACCAGAAAUUCUUUUUGAAUACGGACUAAACAAAGAGUUCAACGCGCUUUUGUCAACCGAUAUGGGCAACGUUUCGCAUUUGGUGCCAUCUAUACAUCCGAUGUACUACAUCGAUACGCCUACGUCCCUACAUCACCCAGAUUUUGCCAAACAGGCGAACACACCGGAAGCGGAGAAUCGUAUGCUUGACUGCGCCCAGGCAGCUGCACACACAGCCCUUAAGUUGCUCAGAGACCCCAACGAGUUACUCAGGGUUCCAGUAAGGCACAACGGACAGCUAAGGAGAAAAAAAAGGCCUCAGAAGUACACACUUCGUCGCAUCAGAGCACGAGGAAUUGCACAGGAAUCGACCCACCGAUACAAUAAAUAGCUUUCUAGAUAUCGAGCUUAAUCUACGGUUUGCUUGAGAAGAGUCAUCUAUAAGGCACACUGUUUACUUCUACACAGCAUAGAGCACAGGUGUUUGGUCGAAUUAUGUGCUCCAAACGACUAAGAUCUUACCGAUCUGAAAUUUAAGUGAUAGCUAUUACGUCAGACUGUGUCGAUCGGCCUACACUAGAAAUAUACGGAAACCAGAGGAGCCCGUGUAGUUUACUACAAUUAAACCACCGGUGGUAAUAGACCCGAGAGUCCGGAUAAAGACCAUGCACACAAUUUAUGAAUAUGAAAAGGAGAAUUUUUUUACUGCAGCGGUACGCAUUUAGAUGACAAUUCUACGACGCAUCGUGUGAUGUCGUAUAUUAAAUUGUGCGUCACCUGUUGUUUUUUUCACACAGCUGUUGCAUAGUUUUAAUUCACCGAACAGAAUUUUUAUUUAAAUGUCAUUUUUUUUUAAAAUUUAAAAUCUAUUGAAUUCAAAUACGGUGUUUAAUAGUGUUUUUAAAACGUGGUAGGGCCUGUUCUAACGAAACGGUUCUUGCACCGUCAUCUGGGUAUUCGAGGUAGCAAUGUAACUCGUACACGAGAACUGUGAAAAUGUAUUUUUCAAGCUAUGAAAAGUUAAAGAUAGAUAUUUUUAACUGCUCGCACGUAUGUGAAUGCAUACGUAAAUAAUUCAACGGAUAAUGUGCAAACCGUGAGCCAAAAAAAUGUCGGUGUGCUUAUCUCAUUGUGCCUCAGAGACGCGAAGAUCUAUCGUCCUUACCAACUAGCGCAGUGACCAAUGGUGCCGGUUAGGACAAUAGUCUUCCUCUUCGUCGAAACUCAUUUGACUUGGGCUAAUCUUAUCCAAUCCCCGCGUGCUGUAAUGCCAACUCGUUUAGCAUAAUGUUCCCUAUAGAUAAACGCAUAGUUUUAAUUGUGGAAGAACCUUUCGUUCAUCGACAAAUUGCUGGAAAUCCCCAGUCGAUUCCGAUGACACCCAAAUACCUCUUUCUUUAUAGAAAUGGCCUUGCCAAGCCACAUUAUGACACAUUAGAACUUUUUGAAAAAAGCGCGCUUUUCAUACAAACAGUGGUCACCUACAUAAUUUUUCUCAAUUUUUAAUAUGACGAACGAUACGUCCUUCAACCAUGAUAAAUAAAAGACCAGCUGAUGAUUACGCAUGAAACUAAAGCUUCAGUCACACUAAAAAACAGCAAUAAAAUUAUCAUUCCAUUUAAUAAAGGUUCUUGGAACAUUUCGACACGGGUAACUGUAGAGCGAACUAAAGGACUCGAUAUAGAUUUAGGCAGUUGCAAACAAGGUUCUAUAAUUUCGAACAUGAGUUCAGCUACUAUUUAGAUUUAUUCUUUAGACGAUCCUGCUGUUCAGACCAGCUAAUAACGUUUUGCAAAUUGCAAAAAAACACCCGCCGGAAAACAAGCUAUUCUUGUUUUAUCGUCUCAUUUGUUUCUUUCACUAACUUAGUUCCGAAUUUGAAUAUAAUAAAAUAAUAACAGCAGUGAUUCAGAGUGACACGUUAGUCUUAGCUACAACUUAUCGUUACGCACGUACAGAUGCUGAGCAAAUGAUGAUAAGCAGAUAGAUGAGAUGAUAGAAAAGAUAAAGGUGUAAAGUAUUUUGGAGGUAGGAAAGAUUAGACGGGCUGCCAGACGACAGCUUCUGCCUGCUGGAGCCACUUUGAACAGUCAUCUAACCAGGGAACUGGUGAUGGCUAUAUGAAGGCAGCUUACCGCAGCCAGCACAACUCAUCCCGUUAGUCAAAGAUGACGAGUACCGAUUCUAAUCCAUUUAUCUUUCUCAGUUCAGUGUGAAUACUGCAUGUUUGUUUUAGGUUUAUUGACGUUCUUUGUUCCUUACUAGUUCCUGCUAGUAAGUAACGAUGCAAAAUAUCUGCUCGACCUUUUCAACCCACCUUCGAUCCUGCGCUCAUCACAAUACAAUCAUUCACGUGUGGUCUAGGCACUUUCACAGUCGCUUCUACGACAAGUUAAUUCAUUGUCCUACACGAAGUAUUUGACCCAUUUGCUAUCGCUUUGGAUAUAUCGGAAAGGUGCCCCGUCGCUGAUACCAUACCCACGCGACACUCGAUACUUAGGUCACUUGCCUACAGACUAUAUAAAUGAUAGCCGUAAAAAAACACUUGGAUCUCUCUGUUCCUGUAAACAGCUACAUGAAUAAUUGACCAAAUCGUAUUCCGUCAAUGUUAGGCCCAUUCGAUAUUUUAUGCACCCUUUCGACAUAUGUUCGCUUAGUCCGAAGUGCUUCGCUUAGAGCGAAGCUCGUUAGCUUUCUGAAUUAGUAUUUUUCUUUUUAGGCCACUUCCAGCCCAGCUUCUUAUUUAGCAUUAUUGCAUGCUGAUGAAGUAACUGUUCAAACCUAUUGAGCUCUUCAGAGAUGACUACUUGAGCUUCUUCACGUCGGCUUUAGAUACCGCCGCCAGACCCUACAGAAACCGGCUGCCGUUCUGCUGACUGACGUUUGGCUCAUUUACAACUAAAAAAUCAAGACCCUUCUGCGGCCAUGAGCAGAUCAUGCUUUUGUUUGGAAACCACUAUAAUCAAUAACUCGCUGGGGGUUUAAGUCUCUUUGAAUCCCGUUUUUCUCGUAGGAAAAGGAACUGUUGUCCGGUUUCUACUAUCUUUUACGGUCGUGGCAGUUUUGACGCCAUCGCAGUCCGUUGCCUUCUCUGUAGUGCUGGGCCGAACCAUCCAAAAGUCGGUAUGGUUUACCU